AUGCCCGACGACGACGUCUUCUUCAUCACCGACGUCAAGAUCGAGGACAUGGGUGUCUACAGCUGCACUGCCCAGAACUCUGCAGGGUCUGUGCUGGCCAACGCCACCCUGACCGUCCUGGAGACACCAUCUUUGGUUCAUCCACUGGAAGACCACGUCGUGUCUGUGGGUGAGACUGUGGCUCUGCAGUGCAAAGCCACGGGGAGCCCAGCGCCGCGUAUCACCUGGCUGAAGGGUGACCAGCCCCUGGCCGUGACCGAGAGGCACCACUUCACCUCUGGCAACCAGCUGCUGAUCAUUAGGAACGUUGUGUUGGAGGAUGCUGGCAAGUACACCUGCGAGAUGUCCAACACCCUGGGCACGGAGCGCGCGCACAGCCACGUCAGCAUCCUGCAGUCCCUGGGCUGCAGGAGGGAUCGGACCACCGUGGGGAUCAUCACCAUCGCCGUGGUCUGCAGCAUCGUGCUCACCUCGCUCGUCUGGGUCUGCAUCAUCUACCAGACCAGGAAGAAGAGUGAAGAGUACAGUGUCACCAACACAGAUGAGACUAUUGUGCCUCCCGACGUGCCGAGCUACUUGUCCUCGCAGGGAACUCUCUCGGACCGGCAGGACGUGGCCAUCAGAGUGGACACUCAGCAGCCCAAUGGGCACAUAGACAGCAAUGAUGGUUUGUUUGUUGCAGGUAUGUGUCAGACUGAUGCUGGAAGGUGUCCAGAUGUUGAAGCUCCUGCUGUAGGUUGUAGACAGCCCAAGCUGUGUAUCAGCUAUAAUAAAGACACUUGGAAAACUGAAGACAUGGCUGAUGGAAUGCUCAUUCCAGAUAAAACAGGCUACAGCCUGCCCGUGGUGUGUGCAGACUGCAGCGGCAGCACAGACAGCAUCAAUGUCCACAUCUACCCCAAGGACUCCGAGUACUGCUCCGACAGCCUCAGGACUGUGGAGAACACCCACCCUGGUGUGCUGAGCAGCAAGGACAGGAGCAGGAAGAGAGGUGCAGGCACCAGCCUUCUCCAUCCCCAGCCCUGCAACGGGAUUGCCAGCGGCAAGAGGGUGGAGACAGACGGGACCCUCUACCCCAGCAACCACGACAGGAUGCGGCCGGGGAGCGCCGACACGCACGGCUCUUCACAAGCAGCAGCAAAGCCUUCAGAGCUUAACAACCUUAAUUUGGUGAGAGCCUCACCAGCAGGAGGGUCAUUAAAGCAACUGAAUGUGCUUCCUGAAACGUCCCCAGCACUACUGGAUCUGCAGGGUGAGGCAGAGGGGCAGCAGCUCCUCCUGCCCAACGGCACCGCGGCCCAGCCCUGCGACUCCCCUCCCAGCAGGUGCCUGGACUGA